AUGGCUGCCCCUGCAACUAUUCCCAUCACAUUCAAUGAGCCACGGCUCGAUGUCUCGAGCCUCAGAGGUCGCUCAGUCCUUGUCACUGGCGGUGCAGCGGGCAUUGGCCUCGCAUGCGCACGGAAGAUCGCCGAAGCCGGCGCUCUGGUCACCAUAUCGGACCUCAAUGAAGCCAGCGGCCAGGCAGCGGCAAAAGACCUAUCAUCGGCGGGUCUCGGAGUUCAAUUUGUGCACUGCGACGUGCGAUCCUACGCCGCUCAGGUCGAAAUGUACAAGCGAGCAAUCACUUUCGGAGGUGGGAGGAUCGACUUAGUCAUUCCCAACGCCGGCAUCAUGAGUGAGAAGAACCUUUUCGACAUGGCGUCAGCAAGUCCGGCCUCUCUCGAAGGGCCACCGCCUCCACAGCCCUCAUACACUGGGUGCGAGAUCAAUGUGCAAGCUGUCUACAACACCUGCUACCUCGCGAUGCACUACUUCCGUCUCCCGCGUGAUGCUUCAGAUACCUAUAAGCCGAGCAUCGUGCUCAUCUCCUCGCUUGCAGGCUACGUUGGCUAUCCCUCCAGCAGCACAUACAGCAUCUCCAAGUUCGGUGUCCGUGGCCUCUUCUAUGGUGUUCGCGAUCGCGCAUCCCGCGAAACUCCCGCCGUCCGCAUCAAUCUCGUCGCGCCAUGGUACAUCGAGACCGCCAUGACUCAGAAUACCGCAUUCCGCGCCAGUGAAGCCGGUCAGCUGCUCGGCAUUAUUGGUUUCGCGCCGAUGGAUCGGGUUGUCGCUGCCGUGCUGCAGUUUGCGGCGAAUGAACGGUUGCAUGGAAGGGCAGCGGGUGUGUUUCCCACGGCGAACGAAGAUCUGGGAGAUGAUUUGGAGGGUAUGUAUGGUGGCAUGGUGCUGCAAAAACAUAUGCAAGAUGUUAUGGUCAAGGUCGUGAGGGCGAUGACGGCGGCAGUAGAGCUGGGAAAGGGUGAGUUGGAGAGGACGGACGGUGCAACGACGGUGCCAGCAGGGAUCUGGGGCUGAUGACUUCGUUG